CCCUUAUCACCGAUGUCGGAAUAACAGGAUUACGGGAGUGCCUCUUUGUCCUAAAGCGAGCUAUACAGCUUCAGAAUCAGACACUCUGUGGCACUUUCAUUGCCAUUUGCCAAGCCGAAACUGUUUUUCAAAUCCUUGGAAAGCCUAACAUAUUAGCUAUUGUUCUCUGUCUCUCUCUCUCCCUCGGCCAUGGCAAUCACAGCGAGAAAAUUAGCCAACUUGGGCUCCUCCACUUCACUUUCUUACCUCAUGUCUAAGAAGCACAAGGCGUAUAUACAAGGCCAUCGUGAUUUAUCUCCGGGGAUUGGUAGUAGUCUUCGGGAUUUCUCCGUGGGCGCUGGCCAAACUGGGUCUAGUGCUUCCUUUGAUACGUCUGAGGAUGGUGCUGGACUAAGCCCCAUAGAAUUUCAGAGAUGGCAUAAUGGAGGUGGGAUUUUCCACAAGUCAGCUUCCAUUGACCCAACAGCGCUCAUAGAGACCGGUGCUGUAGUUCAUCCAAAAUCCGUUGUUGGUGCAUAUGUUCAUAUUGGAUCAGGAACUGUUGUUGGACCUUCUGUGCUAAUCGGCCAAUUGACAAAAAUAGGGUACAAUGUUGCACUCAGUAAUUGCGCUAUCGGUAAUUCAUGUUUAAUCCACAGUGGAGUUUGCAUUGGUCAAGAUGGGUUUGGGUUUUUCGUGGAUGAGAAAGGGAACAUGUUGAAGAAACCUCAAUUGCUGAAUGCUAUGAUUGGGAACCAUGUGGAGAUUGGUGCAAAUACAUGCAUUGACAGGGGGAGUUGGAGAGAUACAGUUAUUGGGGAUCAUUCAAAGAUAGAUAAUUUAGUUCAGAUUGGUCAUAAUGUAGUUAUUGGGAGAAGUUGCAUGCUUUGUGGACAAGUUGGGAUUGCAGGUUCAGUGACGAUAGGAGACUAUGUAACUUUGGGGGGAAGGGUAGCAGUUCGGGAUCAUGUUUCCAUUGUGUCAAAGGUAUUAAUUUGGUCCGGCUUGCUGCUACUAGCUGUGUCACCAAGGAUAUCAAAGAACCUGGGGAUUAUGGUGGCUUUCCUGCUGUUCCAAUUCACGAGUGGCGCAGACAAGUUGCUACCCAAUUUCGGACUUCAAAGAAAAGGGUUUGAUAUAUUUUAGGAUUUGUUCUAGAUUUGGCUUUGGUGUAGUAGAUUUGUGGUGUAGUAGAUUUGUGGCGAAGUUUCUUCUGCAGUAUCUAAUUUGCUGGGGGUUUCUACCAUAUAUCAGCGUAUCAGCAUAUUAAGUAUUGACCAAAACUUUUCAUGGAGUCGCUGUGUUGGAUAAUUUUAUGUCCAACUUGAAUGACUUUUAUUUUCCUUCAAAUAUUACUUGAUGGAUGAAUCAAAAAGGAAAAAAGACUGGUAUUAUGAUAGGAUCUACGAAAGGGGUAUGGAAUGUAGAGAUGGAAAAAGGGAAUU